UAAUGCUAUCUUAUGCACAGCUUUUGUCAAACAUAGUUUUGUGCACACACAUGCACUACUGGUGCCAUCUCUCUCUCUCUCUCUCCUCCCAUCACUACCUCUAUAUUAAUUACUUCGCAACAACCCCUUGCUCUGUUACUGGUGAUCAAGUGACUGGAGCUCCCGAGAGCUCAGCACUAUUUCUUCCCCCUCCUCACACCUCUCCCCGUCUCAGAUCAUCACUCCUUCACUCCAUCCCCUCCUCCUCCUCUCUCUCUCUCCUCUCCCCUCACACACUCUCGUCGUCACUGAGACUAGCAAGGCUAGCUACUAGCUCGUACUGUCACUUGCUCGUUUCAAGGAACUGCCCUGCAGUGCCAAUUAAGUAGCUAGUACGUCGUACGGUUAGCUCGAUCUUUAGCUAACUACUACCUCUUUGAGUUCGCGCGAUGGCGUCGGAGUGGGAAAUGGCCGCCAUGGGGGUGGAGCUCGGCAUGGGAAUGGGCACGUACCACCACCACAACGCCUCCAGCAUCACCACCGCGCCCAUGAGCAGCCACCACAGCGGCGCCGCCAGCUACUCCACGCCGCACCACCACCACCACCAUUACUACGGGAUGCCGCCCAUGGGCGGCGACGCCAUGCGCGUGGACGAUCUUCUCGACCUCUCCACCGGCGCCGGCGCCGGUGCCCACGACUUCUUCCCCACCGCGGCCGCGGCCACUGACAAGGGGCACCAGCACCACUCGGGCGCCAUGGGUGAGCCGUCGCCCACCGCCAACUCCUCGGAUCACCAGACGUCGCUCCUCUCCUUCGCCGAUGAGUUCUACAUACCCAGCGAGGAAGCUGCCGAGCUGGAGUGGCUAUCCAAGUUCGUGGACGACUCCUACUCCGACAUGCCGAAUUACUCGUCGGCCGCGCAUGCCGCAAUGGCGGCGGCCGCGGCUGCUAACGCGGCAGCAGGCAAUGGAGGAGGAGGCACCUCGGCCGGCGGUCAAGACAGCUGCGUCACCGGCGCGGCGCCUGGCCGCGGCGCGCGUAGCAAGCGGUCCCGCGCGACCGCCGCGGCAGCCGCGGCGUGGCACUCCCUCGUGCCGCGCCCGCCGUCGCAGUCGUCGCCGUCGUCGUCCUGCUCGUCCUCGGACUUCCCGUCGUCGAACAAGCCGGGCGGUGCACGGGGCGGCAACGGCAGCCGCGGCAAGAAGAGCCCGGCGAGCCCCGGCGGCGGUCCCGCUGGGGUCGAGGUGGGCUUGGAGGGCGGCGUGCGUCGGUGCACGCACUGCGCGUCGGAGAAGACGCCGCAGUGGCGGACGGGGCCGCUGGGCCCCAAGACCCUGUGCAACGCGUGCGGCGUGCGGUUCAAGUCCGGGCGGCUGAUGCCCGAGUACCGGCCGGCGGCCAGCCCCACGUUCGUGCUCACGCAGCACUCCAACUCGCACCGCAAGGUCAUGGAGCUUCGCCGCCAGAAGGAGCUCAUCCUCAUCCGCGGAAGCCACAGCCACCGUGACGCCGCCGCAGCCGCAGCUGCCGCGGCGGCGGCUGCUGCAGGAUCCGCCGCCGGGCCGAGGCCGGAGCUCAUCUUCCGUGACUACGGCGUGUGUUAAUUAGCUGCAUGGCCGGCAAGCUUGGCAACCGUCUCCGGCACGGAGAGGAAGCUCGAUCGCGUCGUGCAUUGCAUUGCAUGCAUGGAGCUGCCUUAGAUCCUUUUGCGAAAUUCUGCCGUUUCUUUCUUUCUUUCUUUCUUUCUUUCUUUCUUUCUUUCUUUCUUUCUUUCCCUGCGUAUUAUUCCAGAUAUUUUUCAUUUCUCUUUUUGUUAAUUAUUAAAUUGUUGGUACCUACUACCUCCUCCGAUCCCUGCUUCUGAGUUCUACGAGAGAUCAAUGAAUUCUGUUGGUAUAAAUUGUGAUCGAUCAUUUGUGA